AGUCCUAGACUUUGAACAACCGUGUGUGAAGAGCUAGAAAUUCAGCUCCAUUUUUCCAUUCAACCCUAUUAUUCUUAUUAUUAUAUAUAUAUAAUAACAUCAAGAACUCACAUUACCAUUCACAAAGCUACCAUUUACAAUUCUUUCUCUGAUAUUUUCUGAUAUCGGUUCUCAAAACCUUUGGCAAUGUUCAAUUGGAGGAGAAGAAAGACCACAGGCCGUCAUGGCGAGAAAAGGCGGCAGCAGCAGCAGCAGCAGCAGCAUAAGGAACUUGAGAUCCCAAGGCAUUUUCUGUGCCCGAUAACUCUUGAUCUUAUGAAGGAUCCUGUCACAUUGUCUUCUGGGAUUACUUACGAUCGAGAAAGCAUCGAGACGUGGCUUGAGGAUGGGAAUUUCACCUGCCCUGUUACAAACCAGCUUCUCAGAAGUUUUGAUCAAAUACCUAAUCACUCUCUCAGGAAAAUGAUUCAAGAUUGGUGUGUAGAGAAUGGGAAAUAUGGCGUUGAAAGGAUCCCUACACCAAGAAUUCCUGUCACCUCAGAGGAGGUCUCUGAAAUUCUUUUUGCGAUUAUGGAUUCCAAUAGACGCCUGGAUCAAUGUGGCUGCCUAGAUUCUGUGCAGAAAAUCAAGAAAUGGUGCAUGGAAAGUGAGCGAAAUAGGCGGUGCAUUACAGCAAACGAGACAGCCGGAGUCCUCGCUGCCGCAUUUGACGCAUUUGCAUGUGACUCUUUUGAGAGGAAUGCCAAUGUGUUGGAGGAGAUAUUAUGUGUACUGAACUGGAUGUUUCCACUCGAUGGGGAAGCCCUGGAACACCUGGGCUCACAAUCUUCUUUGCGUUGCAUGGUUUGGUUUCUGAAAUGCAGGGACCUUUCAGUGAAGCAAAACUCCAUGGCUGCGCUGAAAGAGCUUCUUUCUUGCGACCAGCAAUAUGGAGAAGGGUUGGCGGCUAUCGAUGGAGUCAAUGAAAUGCUAUUUAAUUUCAUUAAAGACCCAAUCUCCCCUUCAAUCACAAAAGCUUCUCUCAUGGUCAUUUUCCACAUGGUUUCAUCUUGUUCUUCAAGUGAGAAGAUCAAGUCAGAAUUUCUUGACAUGGGUCUGGUUUCUUUACUGCUGGAGACUAUUGUCGAAUCUGAAAGAAGCCUAUGUGAGAGGGCUUUAGGUGUCCUUGACAAACUCUGUGAUUCCAAACAAGGGAGGGAAGUUGCUUACAAUAACGCUCUGGCCAUGCCAGUUCUGGUGAAGAAAAUCUUACGUGUUUCAGAAUUAGCGACCGAGUACUCUGUUUCAACGAUUUGGAAGCUGAGCAAAGAUGAAGAAAGGGUUUUGAUCGAAGCUCUUCAAGUCGGCGCCUUUCAGAAGCUAUUGUUACUCAUACAGGUUGGGUGUGGCGAUGAGACAAAGGAGAAAGCAACUGAGCUUUUGAAGCUAUUGAAUCCUUACAGAGCUGGAUUGGAGUGCAUCGACUCUGUAGAUUUCAAGAGCCUCAAAAGAUCAUUUUAAAUUUUGGAUACCAAAUUCUUUAUUCUUUAAAAAAUCCAAGCAAAGAUCAACUGCUCGGAUUGUAAGGGUUUUCGAUUUGUUGUACAAACUGAAAAAAUGAUUACCAGAUAUUUGUUUGUCUAUUAGAAUUUCUGCUGUCUUGUCCCUUCUGCUCCUUCUGGUUCGGGGAGGUCUGUUAGGAAACCAAUUUGGGGUUUCAGACACGGAUUCAACAUGAAUUCUUAGCAAAAACAUUCAUUUCCCAUGCCAGGGGACAUAUGGCAAAAGAAUGAUAUCAAAGUAAGGAAAGAAAUGUGAAUGGAGAAGCUCAAAGACCUCCGUCCAAAGCCAUGGCCUGUAGCAGUAGGUUUUGGACCGCCAAAUUGACGCAUUCAAACCAGUUGGAAAGUUGGAGCAAUGGGGUUUGAAGUUGGAGCAGGCGCCGCGUGGUUUGAUGUGUUCAAAUGAGAUGAGCAGCGAGCAGGUCAAAUCAAAUUAUCCUUCAAGUUAGGAAAACACAGACAAGCAAACCACAAGUUUAUAUUAAUUUCUUGACUUGAGAGACGUCAGGUCACUGCAAUCUCACACAGUGUCCUCCCAAACUUUUUAAUCUGUAACUUGCAUCUGUGUUAAAGAAAUUUGGAUUUUUCGGAA